CGCGGACGCUCUGCGACAAGGGGUUUGAACUGUGGGGUGGCAACUCCGUGAUCGGGUGGAGAGGCGCAAGGUAUAAAAUCGGACGUCGGGUAACAGGAGGCAUUCAGUGUCGGUGCGAUUCUAAGCUUCACAUCAUCGCUACUUAGAAUUUCGAUCACCGGGAGUCAUAGAAAUGCAGGACAACUGGUUUUUUAUCUUCGUGAUCCUUCUGGCAUUUUCUACGUCGCUAAAUCUUGCCAGAUGCUCGAUCGGCCAGCACUACGAAUCCACCAGAGAGGGCCAGAAAUUGAAAAUCAACGAUAGACGAUCUGCCGGAUUGGUGGCGUAUCCGAGAAUUGGCCGAAAUUCGGAAAUACCGAGCUUUCCUAAAACGGAGCGUACUUUCGGAAUAAUACAUAAGCCCAGAGUCGGACGAUCCGAUGAAUCGAGCUUGGGCAAUUUGAAUCGAUUUCACGAUUUACCGGCCGACGCUGACAUCGAGUUCUACAUUGCACGCGACAUGGAGCCCGAAGUUCUCUUAAAUCUUGAUUACGAAGACUAUGCGGAGAGACCGAUGGCAUUUAAACAUGCUGAUAAAAUUCAGAAAGACGCCUCCUGGUUAAUGCCCGAUCACGUACACGGAUACAAGGAUCUUCGUUUCGCACAAAAAAUCGACGAGCCUCGAUCGUACUACUCUAUUUUACGAGGUUCUCGAAAUAGUCAAGGUCAAGGAGGGUACACUCCGAGACUGGGUCGCGAGAAUGAGCACGACGCUGCGGGUUUCCUGUAACUUGCCCCAUCUCUCUGAUCACGAUUCGCGCCUCGCGGAUUUGACGGACGUUGACUCGAGAGGCAAUGGAAGGAACUUACUGUCAAAUACGUCAGGAACGUUAACGUGCGGUGCUUCUGAUUGUUUUUCCCCUAUUUGCAUAGGCGACCCACCUUAUCCUUGCACUUUGUACGCAAGUUAUGCAACACAAUACAUAAUCUACACUUAAAUACUGCAGUUUAUAAUCUUACAUGCAAUCCUCUCGCCUUGUAUCGUCACGAAAUAGAAAUUCUCGGAGCUGCUUGAAGCCCUGGCGAAAAGCGGCCCGAUCUUGAUGUGACUCGGCAUGCUAUUCUACCCAGAUUUCUAUCCCGAGAUACUCAAUUUAAUGUUCGUUUUUAUAUGAAAAUAAUGGAGAGUGGAAAUAAAAAUUUGAUUUACAUCACGCUGAGCUAAUUGGUGAUCUGUUUUGUACAUAUUUUUUGAAAAACUCAAUUAAAAAUGGUGUGUUUUGA